UGGACACGUCGACCCUCUCUAGAUUAGCCUCAGCAUCACUUGGACUCUCCUUUUUUCCAUCUCCCUCAGCGCCAGCUUUCUUUCUUUUCCUCUGGCUCUUUUGUCUCCUCUCUUCUUGUUCCCACGGGUACCCUCUACUUAACCCUCUUCUGCCUCUCUCUCUCUCUCUCUCUCUCUCUCUCUCUCUCCUCUCUUCUCUCUGGUUCUCUCCAUACCUCUCUCCUGCAAACUCCUCUCUCAGACAGCAGUAUGGUGAACAGAUAGGCUGGCUCGCUGGUGAUCACCAUGGGCUCGUGCCUUUGCAAAGGUCAGAAAGAGCUCCGGGGGACUCAAAUGUGUCCCAUGGGAGACCUUCAGACGUGCGUGGAAGGACAGCCCAUCAACAAGGGUAUUCAUCAGCCUUACAAUGGAGGCUUUGCUGAUAAGAAGAAUGGCAGCGGUUAUAACAUUGGCGAGCUGGCUACAUCCUCCCUGCAGGGCCUGGUGGCCACGAUAAAGGAUCACAUCACCAAGCCCACGGCGAUGGCGCAGGGCCGCGUGGCUCACCUGAUCGAGUGGAAGGGCUGGGGGGGCGACGGGGCCUCCGGGGGCAGCUGGUCUGGCUGGAACCAGCCAGGGGGGGUGGGCGCCGCCCUACAGGAGGACCAGCAGCUCUACUCCCACCUGACCGAUGAGAUCAAGGAGGCGCGCUUCGCUGCAGGGGUGGCCGAACAGUUUGCUCUCGCCGAGGCCACCUUGAACGUCUGGUCUCCCCACGUCAUCUCAGAUCAGCCCACGGCUGAAUCCGUCGCGCUGCAAGGUGCGGAGGGGCUCUAUCUGUCGCAGUUCUUGCUGGACGGUGGGAGUGUCGGGGUGCCCCAGCACCUCUACAGUGUUCACUUGGAGCCCAGCCCCGAUGCCAGAUCCCUGGGCCUCCCUCCCCUCCCGCCCCAGACUCACUCCUGCUCCCCGUGCUCCACUCACAUGCCCCCCUCACAGUUGCUGAGGACUCCCCAGGCGGAGGACGGGGUCCGGCAGGUGGACAGCACCUCUCUAUCCGAGGACGAGGUUUUUUACAACUAGGACCGAAACACUCCAGGAGAAAACUCGUCAUGUUGGAGUUUAAGUUGAAAGGACCAAAGGCUCUGAGAAAGGUGGUGACACGUACAGGACAGGAAGUGUGACAGGAAGUGAUCCGUUUCCGUGGUGAUCUCUGUAGCUUCAAUGGCAGAGAUGAGGUAGGGUUCAUGUUCAGUGACCCGGGCAGGGAAGCGAUUUUGUCAGUUCGAGCGUGCGUGCAGACACGCUACCAAUGCCAAACAGCUUUCUGAAUAACGUCCUUGGAAAUGUUUUUGUAUUGCUGCUUUUAUGUGUGUCAA